CGGAGCAUGGGAUAGGACUCCACAGAGGUGCCAGCGACAGGCCAGCUUGGCUCUCGAGUCCGCUUCUCUAAUCCCCGCCGAGGUGGUUUCCCUCCGGGUUCCUUUCGCUGAGGCACAGGCGAACCGAGGGGUGAAAGGUCACCAACAUGGCGCUGUCCGCCCGCCUGCUGCCCCGUCCUCUGCUCUCUCGGUCGCUGCCGUGCAGGACCACCCGACUCGGGACUGUCGGGGCGGCCGAGGUGAGGCUGUCGUUGGCCGGAUGUUGCUGCCUGUGUCGCCGUCGCCUGGGCUCGGGAGCGGCCCCGUUUCCUCGCGGCGCCUGGGUCCCGGCGCUGUGUGCCCGCGGCCCCUGGCGGCCCCGGCGCGGCGGGGCAGCGCUCCCCGCAGCCCUCGCUUGCUCCCCUGCGGGCCCCCGGCGCAGCUACGGCACCGAGGAGCCGCCCCAGCCGCGCCAGAAAACCAAGAUGAUCAUCCUGGGAUUCUCCAACCCCAUCAACUGGGUCCGGACUCGGAUUUACGCCUUCCUCAUUUGGGCCUAUUUCGACAAAGAGUUUAGCAUCGCAGAAUUCUCCGAGGGGGCGAAGCAGGCUUUUGCUCGUGUAUCCAAGUUGCUGUCACAAUGUAAAUUUGACCUAUUGGAAGAACUUGUGGCCAAAGAGGUGCUACAGGUACUAAAAGAAAAGGUUGCCUCACUGUCUGAUAACCACAAAAAUGCCCUUGCUGCUGACAUAGAUGAAAUUGUCUAUACAUCAACAGGAGACAUCUCCAUUUAUUAUGAUGAGAAAGGAAGGAAGUUUGUUAAUAUCCUGAUGUGCUUUUGGUAUCUAACCAGUGCCAACAUCCCCAGUGAAACUUUAAGUGGAGCCAGUGUCUUCCAAGUGAAGUUGGGGGAUCAGAAUGUGGAAACUAAACAACUUCUUAGUGCAAGUUAUGAAUUUCAGAGGGAGUUUACACAAGGAGUAAAGCCUGACUGGACUAUUGCACGGAUUGAGCACUCGAAGUUAUUAGAAUAAUCUUUCAUGGAAAAAUCAGCUAUGGACCUUUAGUAAUUGCUUGUGAAAAACUAAGGAAGAAAAAUUCUGGGACAUUUUAUCUUUACUCAAUCAAGUCUGAGGAUUACUUUUGUAUUAUUUGGAAAUACUCAUUGCUGUAUAUUAAAAUGAUACAAUAAAGCAUUUUCCAAAGAUUA